UCAGAUUUCAUUAAUGUGGUGGGCGUUGUAUAUCUGUGUAAACAGAGCGGGUAUUAUUUCUAGCAAGCGCAGGGAAAAGCAACGGCGUGUGUGUGAUUCCGUUAACAUUUUCCAGCGUUUAAAAUCAUAUUUUUUAAGCGACUCCUUAGUUUUUAUCAUUUUUUGCUAGCACGUUCUCUGGAAAUGGGCUAAAUGUUUAAAAGCUGUCGAUACAGAACUAUAUAAAAUGGGUUCGACGAACUCCACCCUAUUAAAAAUCCCAAACGUCGAGGUGUUGAUGCGGGAAACUGGCUUCUCGCCUGCCCACAUUAUUCGUCUCCAUGAUCGCUUCAAAGCUCUGGAUAAAGAAGGACGUGGUUAUCUCUGUCCCCAGGAUUUUGGAGCUAUAAAGGAGCUGGCAAUGAACCCCAUAGGAGACAGAAUAAUAGGUGCCUUCUUCUCCCCCCGGGAAACGGUGGACUUCCACACAUUCGUGAAGAUCCUGGCUCAUUUCCGGCCUGUUGACAAGGACCGACCCAAAGAGCCCAAUUCUCCCGAGCCCAUUAAUAGCAGGAGCAACAAACUCAAAUUUGCGUUUCAGUUGUACGACCAAGACAAGGAUGGCAAGAUUUCAAGAGAUGAGCUUUUAAAGGUUCUCCGAGCCAUGCUGGGAAUGCAGGUGACAGAGGAGCAGCUGGAGAGCAUAGCAGACCGCACUAUACAGGAAGCGGAUCUAGAUCGUGAUGAUGCGAUAUCGUUUGAGGAGUUUCGUAAGUCUCUGGAGAAGGUCAACAUUGACCACAAGAUGAGCAUUCGCUUCUUGCGCUAGACUAGAGCAUCAUGGGAAAGCUUAUACGCCUCUAUCUCCAAGCUUUAGAAAUGGAAGGAACAUCAGUACGAUGCGAUCAGUGUUUAAACAGGAAUUUAAUGCACUGGUAAUGUCUGCACAAAAACUGCACAUUGACAAAUAAUUUACACUACCGAAGUAGUGUUGGGUCGGUAAGAUUUUUAUUCAGCAAGGAUGCAUUAAAUUGAUCAAAAGUGACAGGAAAGACAUUUAUAAUGUUACAAAAAGAUUAUUUUUUCAAAUUAAUGCUGUUCUUGAAAAAAUACAUCCGUUUCCACAAAAAUAUGAAUUACUGAUAAUUAUUAUUAUUAAUUGUAAGAAAUGUUUCUUAAGCAGCAAAUCUGCAUGUUAGAAUGAUUUAUGAAGGAUCAAGUGACACUGAAAAUAAAAACAAUUUUUACGGCAGUGGCUAUUUGCACUAAGUGCAAAUUAGAUGCUAUUUACAUUAAGUAAAAAUAGCAUAUUUUCUUAGUGAUAGAUUCUAUUUACACUAAGUGCAAACAGCCCACCUUGUUGGCAGAGGCUAACUAUAUUAACUCCAGCCACCAGCGUGUGAUUGAGCUAGUCAAAUGACGGUUGUCAAUUGUCAGCUCCAGUGGCGUAGAUGGUAAAGAGUGUAGCAUGGUCUUUUUGACACGAUCAACCGGGUUCGAACCUGCCUUUUGUCAAACUUCUUUUUCUCCCUUUUCAAAUCUCAUAUGACAUCAGAAAGGCAUUUA